AUUAAGUUAUGUUUUUAGGCUUGGUUUAAGUGUAAAUUAGCUUGAAUUGGGUUGUUGUGAUUUUGGAGUGAAAUCCCGUGAAUUAGCUAGUGUUUUGGCCAAUUUGUGGAAGUCGGAGUUACUGUUCACGUCGUGAGCACUGUUCGCGGGUACUGUUCAUAGGCACUGUUCACACCCCGAGAGUCGACGAUUAACGGGGAUUUAAAUGAUUAGUUUGUGAUAUAAUAACGAAUUUGGAGAUAUCUGAUCAUGUGGAGAUUUAUGGAAAUAGCUUUGUGAUUAGGAAUGAUCCUAAUGAUGAUUUCAAUGUGAAUUUGUGAUAGUGGUAUUAAUUCUUGGAAUAUUUUGAUUAGGUUCUUGAUCAUUCUGUCAGUUUAGUACGUGAAUUGAGUGCUCGGUUUUGCGGAGUGAGGUAGUGUGCCCCGAGACUCGAAAAUCAAGGGGAGUGACGUGAUAAAAGGCUAGCCACUUGAGAUUUGACAUAGAUUUUAGAUACAUGUACACCACGCUCUUGUAAGUUAGAUUUUAAUUGGAAAUUUUAUGGUAUCAAAACUGAUUUUGUUCAGUAAGUUUUGAGCCUUGUGCAUUUGUGGGACCCGUCUCAUGAGUGCACGGCGUCUGUCGCACCUCGGAUUCGAGUUCUGGGGCGUGACAAUCAUUCAUGCUAUCACUUCAUAUUUUAGCAGUGAAAUAGCAGCAUUCGUAGCAAAAUGAGUUACCAUGUGCAAGAUUGAAGGAAAAGUGGCUGCAAGAUUGAACAAGUUAGAGACUUUAGUUAGUUGAUUCUCUGACAUUCAAGACUUCAAUUAUAUUUUCAAGUCUAAACAUUUUCAAAGUCUUACAACCUACAGGGUACGUAUUGGUGGGAUCAGAAGAAGACGAGGUUAUAUUUCUGAACUUUGCAAGACAUGAUUCUGGAGCUAAACAUUUAAUUUUACUAAGUUUUGUUAGAGAAAGUAAGGGAGUUGACUUCUUGUACUAUUUAUGAUUGUCAAGACAUGGAGCUGAUGCUGAACGGUGACGGUUUUAUGUCCGUUUCAGUCAAAACGGUGCAGUUUUGGCAAUAAGUAUUAGUGUAUUACUGUCACUUUUCUGACGUCGACACAGAGACUGACAAUUCCUAUGCCUUUAUAUUUAACUAUCUUUUUUCUUCCGGAUUCACCCUUUGAGCUUUGGAUCCGCCAAGAUCAAUCAAUCCGUCAUGCUAUCCUUACAUCAGUUUCAGAACCAAUUGCUCCCUACAUAUCUGCUGCUAAAACUUCACAACAAGCUUGGAAAACCCUAGCCAAUCUCUAUGCCAAUCACUCAAGAUCCAGAGUCUUUACACUCAAGGAGAGGCUUCAAAACACUUGCUAUGAAAACCGCACUGUCUCUGAAUUGCUUCAUCAACUCAAGGUGCUUGCCGAUGAACUUGCUGUAAUUGACAAACCUCUUACCAAUGAUGACCUGACGGUGUAUGCACUCAAUGGGAUAGGCCUUGAAUUUCAUGAGAUCUCUGCUUCAAUACGUGCUCGAGAUGAGCCACUUUCCUUUGAAGAACUUCAUGACAGACUAGUUGCCCAUGAAGAAAGCAUGCACAGGGAAGAAACUUGAAUUGAAUAUACACCAGUGACUACCCAUCUUGCUGCUAUGCCCCCAAGGAGACUUGCUGAUAAUAAUCCUACUUUUUCUAC